AUGUCAGUUCUCGUGCUCGGCGCCGGCGAGCUGGGCACAGCCAUGCUCAAAGCCCUCACGGCGCACCCCUCACGCCCCCGCGACUCCCCCGUGUCCGUCCUCCUGCGGCCCUCGACCAUCACCUCCUCCGACCCGACCAAGCGAGACUCCCUGGCCCAGAUCGCGGCCCUGGGCGUCUCCGUCGAGGCAGGCGACGUCGUCCACGACCCCGUCCGCGACCUCGCGCGCACCUUUGCGCGGCACCACACCGUCAUCAGCUGCACCGGCUUCGUCGGCCCUGCCGGCACCCAGCGGCGCAUCUGCGAGGCGGCCCUGCUCGCGGGCGUGCGCCGCUUCGUCCCCUGGCAGUUCGGCGUCGACUACGACGCCAUCGGGCGGGGCGGCCCGCAGCCGCUCUUUGACGAGAUGCUCGACGUGCGGGACGCGCUGAGGGCGCAGGCCGAGGUGACGUGGAUCAUCGUCAGCACUGGCCUGUUUAUGAGCUUUCUCUUCGUGCGGGAGUUCGGCGUCGUCGACCUGGAGGCGCGCACGCUGCGAGCCCUGGGCGGGUGGGACGUCGAGGUCACGCUGACGGGGCCGGGGGACAUCGCCGCGAUGACGGCCGAGGUGGUCUACGAGCCACGCGGGAUCCCGGGCGACGGCCGCAACGUGGUGUACGUCUCCGGUGACACGGUGUCGUACGGCCGCGUGGCGGACCUGGUCGAGAGGAGGUUCCCCGGCGUUGAGUUCGCGAGGGAGGUGUGGGACAUGGAAGUGCUGGGGGAGAACCUCGCGAGGGACCCGGCGGACACGUGGAACAAGUAUCGCGCCAUCUUCGGCGCCGGCAAGGGCAUCUCGUGGCCGACGGAGAAGACGCUGAACCACGAGCGCGGCAUCGAGUUGGAGAAUUUGGAGACGUAUCUCGGCAGGAUGCAGACUCCGGCUGCAUUGAGGUCGUAG